GUCUGUGGGCAUUGAUCAACGCGGCAACCUACUGCGUUUGUGGAGAACUAGAAUGGCAGACGCAAAAACAUUGCGAACAACAAUUCCGGGUCAACUAUGUUGGUGUCGUCGAUUCCAUCCGCAUUUUCUUGCCCCUGCUCAAGUCUGGUGGAGGACGUAUCAUCAACGUGGGUAGCCUGGCGGGCGGUCAUAACGAUCCGGAACCCGGCCUUUCUAUUUAUUCCGGUACCAAGCAUGCUGUGGAAGGCCUGUCGGAAGCCUUAAGGUUUGAAUUAGCGCGUGUCGGCGUCGAUGUUUCACUCGUCCAACCGGAUAGCUCCUUCCUUGAUAAAUGUCUGUUCGAUCAACACCACAAGAAAAUGAACGAAAUGUGGAACGAAAUGACACCAGAAUUGCGGCUGGCCAAUCAGGACAUUUUCAUAGCCUAUCACGACCGUGUGGCCAAGUCCAAAUCGGAGGAGCUUGAAAUGGACGACAUGGAAACUGCCACCAGAGCCCAGACACCCACCAUACCUGUUAACUUAUGCCGAUGUUUCGACGACGCCCUCAUGGCCAAAUCACCUUCGGACGUUUACGUGGCUGUGCCGGGCUGCGCAACUCGUUUUCGUAUCAGUCUUUUGUUUUGCAUACCAUCUGGAUUGAGACAGUACAUCGUACAGCGAAAGUACAAGCACAACAUCGCCAACAUUCUAAAGGUGUAAGAUCCUUAGAAGAGAGGCGAUGAAAUGUUGGGCAAAGUUUGAAUUUGCUUGUACAGCAAAUUGCUACCAAAAGAAGAUUUGUUUUUUGUUUUGGUGUGUGUACAAUAAUAUGAUAGAACCGGUUAUCCCGUUUGCGUGAUGAUCAUUUCUUAAAAUGCGCUACAAAAUAUAUGUUAAAAAUUUGUAACGCUUCUGGUGGAACCAGCUGUGAAAAAUGUGUAAACCCAAGACUGGCAAACAUAAUGUAAAGAAAUACGCUUUUUUGGUGACGAUAUUUGACCGUUAUACAGUACUUUAUCUAAAAAUACAAUUAUCAUAAUAAAUAGCUAGUAUAGAAA